CGGUCCAUGGCAAUCCCUUGGAUGGAAUCACACUGUUCCAAUGCAUCUCACCACUUCCUACUCCACCUGCGAUCCACCUAGGGUCUUGUCUUCCAUCUCCCCUUCCAUACAUGCUACCUUACGUCUCAGGUGCUAGGGGCGCCCGUAAACACACGGCGGUGGUGUGGACGGCAGACAAAGCUAAGGCCGAUCACCCAGGCAGUGCCUCCAGACUGGCCUAGGAGCCUGCUCAGUACCUUAGCCAGUUCCCUGGAGAAGCGGUGGGAAGUAAGCCCCACUGCGGCUGCGCAGCUGCCAUUGGUAUCAAAGGAAGUGAAGUGGAAGUGUUGUAGGUGUGGAGAUGUUUGGGCACGGUUGGCAUUGCCCACGGAAACCCCAAGGACGUCUGUUCCUCCUGUAGGAUGCUGAGCAGAACAGUGCACUCUCUUUUCCGGUUUCUGUCUUUGGGAGUCCGGCUCCUCCUCUUUGGGGUUCUAUCCUAUAGGUCAGGUGCUGCUGCUUCCACCAAGCAAACCAGAAUCAAGCAGAGAUCUUCCCUGGAGCCUACACCAGGAAUCCGAGGACAAAGUCCUCUCACGAUGUCUCUUAGUAAUGACACCAAUCCGGAGGAAGGCGGGGCGGCGGCAGAGUCUCCCGGAUAUUCGCUGCCAGAAUUGUAUGCUUUUGUCGAGGACUUUACUAAGGAGAGCAAGAAAUCAAAUCUCCUAAAAACUCACGGUAUUUCACUGAGCGAAGCACAGAAAAUGCUUAGCCAAAACCUGAAUGCCAUGUCAAUUAGUGGAACCGACGAUGUGAGGGAAGAAGACCCCCAGCCUCUUUUCGUGUGCAAGGUGGUGAGAAGAGAGAAGGAGAAACCAGACUCUAUGACUGAAAUCCUGUACCGAAGCUUGUUGACCCCUUCCCUCUCUCGGGUGGAGAGACUCACCAGAUCCCAGCAGAGGCUCUUCCGGCAUGAGAUUCCUCCUCCUGCACACACUUUUCCCUAUGAGAUUCUCAUCGAACACUCCAAAUCCUCAUCACCGGUCCCCGUCCCCGCAAAGGAGAAGACUCAGGGUGCCAACAUAUUAGGCAUGCUGGGCAUUUCCAGGAUCAGGCCAGAAAAUUUUGUCUUUGCAGACAGAAUUGCUAAGUACUUCUUAGUUGAUCCAGAGAAACAAUUCAUGGAUUUAAGGGAUCUGGAAUGGAGAUACUACAAGGGGCUCGUGUCGUGGAAGCACGGUACUAAAGAUCCAUUCAUAGACAUAAAAUAUGACAGUGAGAAGAGAUUUGUGGACAGCCAGCAGACACCUGGUGUCAUUUACCCUCCUGUAGUUUGUAGGUCUUUAGUCAUUUACCCUCAGGUUGAUUUUCCCCCAAAAAAUGCAGCUUCUUCUUAAAUGAAAUAUGUUGUUUAUUAAAAUACUUUGGACAUGGGUUUUGUUUUUGAACUUAUAUGUGAAAAGUAAAGAAGCAGAUGGGACAUAGGAACCGAGUCUAUACAAUAUUGAUGUAAAAUCCAAAAUUAAACCAUUAAUAUGGAGAACAAGAUUCAGAUUGAUCUGCUUCUAUAAGACCAACCAGGUUUGGACCUGUGAAGCUCAUUGGGACCAGGGCUGAGGCAGAUCUAGAU